CCCGGCUGGCGGGGCCCGGCGCUAAGAUGGCGGCGGCCGCGGGCUGCGAUGUGGUAAUGGCGGCGGCCCCCCCGGACCCGCUCGGCGAUGAGGAGGCCAGGAGGGAGGCGGAAGCUUUCAAGGAGCAGGGCAACGCGUUCUACGCCAACAAGGACUACCACGAGGCGUUCAACUGCUACACCCGAGCCAUAGACAUGUGCCCGAAGAACGCCAGCUACUAUGGCAACCGUGCAGCCACCCUGAUGAUGCUGGGUCGGUUCCGGGAGGCCCUGGGCGACGCCCAGCAGUCCGUGCGCCUGGAUGACAGUUUCGUCCGGGGUCACCUACGAGAGGGCAAGUGCCACCUUUCCCUGGGCAAUGCCAUGGCUGCCCGCCGCUCCUUCCAGAAAGUCCUUGAUCUGGAUCCCAGGAACGCUCAGGCCCAGCAGGAGUUGAAGAACGCCAGCGCCGUCCUGGAGUACGAAAAGAUCGCCGACGUGGACUUCGAGAAGCGGGACUUUCGCAAGGUCGUGUUCUGCAUGGACCGGGCUCUGGAAUUCGCUCCCUCCUGCCACCGCUUCAAAAUCCUCAAGGCUGAGUGCUUAGCGCUCCUGGGGCGCUACCCCGAGGCCCAGUCCGUGGCCAGUGACAUCCUACGGGUAGAUGCGACGAACGCCGACGCGCUGUAUGUGCGGGGGCUGUGCCUGUACUCGGAGGACUGCAUCGAGAAGGCCGUGCAGUUCUUUGUGCAGGCCCUACGCAUGGCUCCCGACCACGAGAAGGCCUGCGUGGCCUGCAGGAAUGCCAAAGCUUUGAAAGCGAAGAAGGACGACGGGAACAGAGCCUUCAAGGAUGGCGACUACAAGCAGGCGCAUGAGCUGUACACAGAGGCCCUGGCCAUCGACCCCAACAACAUCAAAACCAACGCCAAGCUCUACUGCAACCGGGCCACCGUGAAUGCCAAGCUCAGGAAACUGGAAGAUGCCAUCGAGGACUGCACCAGCGCCGUGAGACUGGACGACUCCUACAUCAAAGCCUACCUGCGCCGGGCUCAGUGUUAUAUGGACACGGAGCAGUUCGAGGAGGCCGUGCGCGACUACGAGAGGGUUUGCCAGACGGAGAAAACAAAAGAGCACAAGCAGUUGCUCAAAGGUGCACAGCUGGAGCUGAAGAAGAGUAAGCGGAAAGAUUACUACCGGAUCCUGGGCGUAGACAAGAACGCCUCCGAUGACGACAUCAAGAAAGCCUACCGGAAACGGGCGCUCAUGCACCAUCCAGACCGGCACAGCGGGGCUAGCGCUGAAGUGCAGAAGGAAGAGGAAAAGAAGUUCAAGGAGGUCGGGGAGGCCUUCACCAUCCUGUCCGAUCCCAAGAAAAAAACCCACUAUGACAGCGGGCAGGACUUGGAUGAGGACAGCAUGAACAUGGGCGAUUUCGACGCCAACAAUAUCUUCAAGGCUUUCUUCGGGGGGCCUGGGGGGUUCAGCUUUGAAGCCUCCGGCCCAGGAAACUUCUUUUUCCAGUUUGGCUAAGGGCUGGCCUGACAUCAGGGGAACACAGGUGCUGCUUGCCAUCGGGACAGACUCGGCCUCCCCCUUCCGCUCACCCUGCCCCCCCCGGGUUCCGGCCGCCCCCCCCGGGUUCCGGCCACCCUCUCGCCCUCCGGCCGCUCCCAUUCCGCCCCAGCGUGGGGGAUGGGGUGGGAUCGCGGUGGGCCGGCAGGGAAGGGGACGGCCAGGGGGUGGGGACGCGGGGCGGGGUUGGGUGGGGAGGGGAGGCAGCUUGUGAAUUUUUCUUUUAUUGUUUAACUUUAUUAAAAACAAUCCAGACCGA